AGGCAGUUAAUUAUAUUUUGAAAAUCAAAUGGGAGCCACUGAUUCAAAGCCGAUUUACAAACUCUAUGAACAUUUCAAAUAGAUCAAUGUCCACAAUAAUGGUAAGUUCCAUAACAUCAUAUUCAGACUUCCCUGACUGCCAGAUCUUAUAACAUAAACGUGAUCCUAAUCAAUAAUUGAUCUUGCGUACUAUCAGUAUGACAGAAGAGGCGCAUUUCAAAAGGACUGUUUAACAAUAUUAAAUAAGACAAAAGAUCAACCAUCCAAAUAUCCUUGGUCUCAGCAAUUACUUUUAUGAAUUUGAACAAUAACUAUGCGGAUAGUUUUACAAGGUGAAUUUAUUAUUCGAAUACCCAUAAAGCAAUUUAGAAAGAGUACAGAUUCUUAAUGAAAAUCAAUUAAUUGAAUAUCUCAAACAAACAAUAUCUGGAUUAGCAUGCAUGUAAAGAAAUGAAAUUCCACAUAAUACAUUAUAACUUAAGUAUUUAUACUUAAUGGAUGGGACUGUAAAAGUAUGCGAUCCUCAGUACUUCCAACACAAUACAAAUUAUGUACAAAUAUUACAGAAUCCUAAUUGUGUAGAAUCAAUUUAUUUAUCUCCUAAUUUGGUUAAUACAAUUAGGAAAAAUAAUUGGUAACCUAAGCACAAUUAGUAUAAAAGUGAUGUAUUUACUUUGGGAAUGCUUUUUCUCCAUUUGGGAUUGAACUAAGUAAAUAGUGACUGUUACAAUUACAUCCAAGGUAAAUUCUUGGAAGAACACCUAACUAUUAAGUUGUAGAAACUAAGAACUCGAUAUGGAUAGCUGUUUUGUGAUUUGAUCUAAAUGAUGCUUAUUACUUAAGAAGAUAAACGACCGGAUUUUAUAUAAAUGGAAUAAAUCAUUAGUUAUAAAUAAUUAACAGGGAAGCCAACAUAUUAAUAAUAAUAAUAAUCAUAUUAAUAAUAAUAACUAAUCCCAAAUGUUAUACCUAAAUAGAUCAUACCUGUUUAACCUAUUGGAUUGACUGAUACGAUUCAUCAACCAAGCACAAACUCGUUACAACUAGAGUAAUGUCAAUACAAUGCGUAGAUUAAUUAAUCGAAGAGAGCUAGUCAAGUUCAAAAUAUAUCACCUAUGAAAUAUGCCCAUCAAUAUACAAUUAAAACAACUUCAUCAUAACGAAGCUCUACACCCAUUAGUAAGGUUAUGAUUCCAGCUCAACAAGUCUAAUCAUAAGUGAGAGAUUGUUCUGUGCCUAAGCAAUAAAGUCAAAUUUAGAAUACAAGUUCGAGAUAGAUUAACCAUGAGUACAUCAAUAAGAAUAACUAUUCACAGAAUUCUAUCUAAAACACAGCAACAGUUACAACGAUAACCGAUCAAUCUAUUUUAAGCAAUAAGAGUAUGCUCCAACAACUUAAUCUUACUCCUAAAUUGUCAAUUCACUAAAUGAAUUAAACGAAUUCUAAAUUCCAAUAGAUUAAUCAACCACCCGAGUCCAAGAUAUUGCCCAGCUUAGUAUUUUAAUUACAACAAGAUCAAUGUGACUCUUUGUCGAAGUUCCAUCCCUCAGAAGUGAGUAGUGUGCAUUCUCAAUUUGAUGAGAACCUGGAUUCCUAGGUGAAUGAGGACGUCAACACUUAGAGAUAAGGAGAUUGCGAAUACUCCUAGAUUUUAUGUGAUUCUACAAAUCUUCCUUAGUAGUUUAAGAACACUUUGACUAAAGAGUUUAGUUUACCGUAUGAGAUGUCAAAAAUCAAAGAGAAAAAAGUUAAUGAACCUGAAUUUGUAGUUGAGCAUUAUGGGAAUGGAUCUCGUUAUGAAGGGAUGAAAUGGAAUGGGAUGAGACAUGGAUAGGGAAGAUUCUUUUAUUAGGAUGGCGGUUUGUACGAUGGAGAAUGGAAGGAGAAUAAAAUGCAUGGCGAAGGUAAUUGCUGAGUCUAAUGUUGUAGGAACCUUAUAUUAUGGAACGGGGUAGCCUGCUUAUGAGGGACAGUGGAGCGAGGAUCAAUUUCACGGUUUUGGGACUUUGUAUAAUGAGCAUCCUUAGUUGUCGGAGGAGGGUUUUGAUUAUAGGGACUUUGACAAUGUGGAGGAGUAAGAAUUGCUGAGAUUAUUAUAGUUAUUGGAUGAAGUACAGUGGGAAUUUUAAGUUGGACAAUAAGGAGGGUCAGGGCAGUUUGCAUUUAACGAAUGGGGAGAGAUUUGUGGGCAGUUUUGAGAGGGAUUUGAUUAAUGGGAAGGGAGUGUUUUACAGGAUGGAUGGGAAGAUGAUGGAGGGGAGAUGGGUGGACAACAAAUUAGUUUAUUGA